AUGUCUUUUCUUCAGCAAGACAUCACAUUUCCACUUUUGAAGACAGGUAGAGAGAAAAUUAAGAACGCCAUGAAUAUAGAGGGCGUAUGGAGAGGAGACGAGAAUACAAAUGUGGAGGAGAGGGCUGAGGAGAGAGCUGAGGAGAGGGCUGAGGAGAGUGUUGAGGAGAGUGUUGAGGAGAGGGCUGAGGAGAGUGUUGAGGAGAGGGCUGAGGAGAGGGCUGAGGAGAGUGUUGAGGAGAGUGUUCAGGAGAGGGCUGAAGAGAGUGUUGAGGAGAGUGUUGAGGAGAGGGCUGAGGAGAGUGUUGAGGAGAGUGUUGAGGAGAGGGCUGAGGAGAGGGCUGAGGAGAUGGUUGAGGAGAGUGUUGAGGAGAGGGCUGAGGAGAGGGCAGAGGAGAGUGUUGAGGAGAGUGUUGAGGAGAGGGCUGAGGAGAGGGCUGUGGAGAGUGUUGAGGAGAGUGUUGAGGAGAGUGUUGAGGAGAGGGCUGAGGAGAGUGUUGAGGAGAGGGCUGAGGAGAGGGCUGAGGAGAGUGUUGAGGAGAGUGUUAAGGAGAAGGCUGAGGAGAGGGAGGAGAGUGUUGAGGAGAGGGCUGAGGAGGGUGUUCAGAAGAGGGCUGAGGAGAGUGUUGAGGAGAGUGUUGAGGAGAGGGCUGAGGAGAGUGUUGAGGAGAGGGCUGAGGAGAGUGUUGAGGAGAGUGUUGAGGAGAGUGUUGAGGAGAGUGUUGAGGAGAGUGUUGAUGAGAGUGUUGAUGAGAGUGUUGAGGAGAGUGUUGAGGAGAGUGUUGAGGAGAGGGCUGAGGAGAGAGCUGAGGAGAGUGUUGAGGAGAGUGUUGAGGAGAGUGUUGAGGAGAGUGUUGAGGAGAGUGUUGAGGAGAGUGUUGAUGAGAGUGUUGAUGAGAGUGUUGAGGAGAGUGUUGAGGAGAGUGUUGAGGAGAGGGCUGAGGAGAGAGCUGAGGAGAGUGUUGAGGAGAGUGUUGAGGAGAGUGUUGAGGAGAGUGUUGAGGAGAGUGUUGAGGAGAGUGUUGAGGAGAGUGUUGAGGAGAGUGUUGAGGAGAGUGUUGAGAAGAGGGCUGAGGAGAGGGCUGAGGAGAGUGUUGAGGAGAGUGUUGAGGAGAGGGCUGAGGAGAGGGCUGAGGAGGGUGUUGAGAAGAGGGCUGAGGAGAGUGUUGAGGAGAGGGCUGAGGAGAGUGUUGAGGAGAGGGCUGAGGAGAGGGCUGAGGAGAGGGCUGAGAAGAGUGCUGAGGAGAGGGCUGAGGAGAGUAGGGCUGAGGAGAGUGUUGAGGAGAGGGCUGAGGAGAGGGCUGAGGAGAGGGCUGAGGAGAGAACUGAGGAGAGGGCUGAGGAGAGUGUUGAAGGGAGAGCUGAGAGGGCUGAGGAGAGGACUGAGGAGAGGGCUGAGGAGAGGGCUGAGGAGAGGACUGAGGAGAGAGCUGAGGAGAGGGCUGAGGAGAGGGCUGAGGAGGGGGCUGUGGAGAGGGCUGAGGAGAGGACUGAGGAGAGAGCUGAGGAGAGGGCUGAGGAGAGGGCUGAGGAGGGGGCUUUGGAGAGGGCUGAGGAGAGGACUGAGGAGAGAGCUGAGGAGAGGGCUGAGGAGAGGACUGAGGAGGGGGCUGUGGAGAGGACUGAGGAGAGGACUGAGGAGAGACUUGAGGAGAGGGCUGAGGAGACGCGGAAGACAACGGAAGCCAUAAACAUCUCAGCAAGUCAGGUUUCAUAG